AGUCUUCCCAGGUUGCCCGAGAGAGUCGCGCUCUCGGCGCGCUAGGGCUCGAUUGGCUGGCCUCCCCCGCCUCGGCGGCUGUAACGGUCGCGGAGGCGGGGAUCCAACCGCUGAGCAGUGCGGGGCUGGGCUGGCUGCCGAUGGGAGACGGAGGCUGAGGAAGAUGAAGAUCCAGUUUUGAACAUGAGACUCAUUGGGUGAUCCAUUUCAUUGAGAUAACUUGAAUAACCAGGUGUAAAGUGCAAGAGGAAUGUACAAUGACUGAGGCAGCUCAAAUCAUCUUAUUGCCAGCCUCUACCUCUUUUGAUUCUGCAAGAGAAACAGUGCCUGCAGAAGUCCCUAAAGCCCAGGAAUCCAGUCAAUUGUCAAACAGACUCAUGAUUGAAAAACAGCAGGAGGAAGCAGAAUGGGAAAUCAUAAAUGUGCUGUUAAUGAGGCAUGACUUAAAACCUUUGUGCCUUGUCAAAAGAACAGAUCUUAAAGGUAAUCAGAUCUUAUUGUUCUUCAAGUCAUCACAAAGGAUGAGGCAGAAUUUGAAAAUGUUGGUGGAAGAAACAGAACGUCAACAGAACGUGAUACAAGAGCUCAUAGAAACUAAUCAGCAGCUUAAAGAUGAGCUUCAGCUAGAACAAAGCCGAGCAGCACAUCAGGAACAACGAGCUAAUGACUUGGAAAAAAUUAUGGAGAGUGUGAAAUGCAAAAUUGGUGAAUUGGAAGAUGAAUCUCUAAAUAGGGUUUGCCAGCAACAAAAUAAAAUGAAAGAUCUUCGGAAGGAGAAUAGAACUUUACAGACAAAGUGCCAGCAUUACAAGAAAAAACAAAUGGAGCAGCAACAGACUAUUGCUUCUUUGCAAAAGGAUAUCUGUCGAUUAACAAAAGAGGAAGAAGAACGAAUUAUCACUCAAAACAGAGUGUUUGCCUAUCUCUGCAAAAGAGUUCCUCAUAGCGUCUUGGAUAGACAGUUGCUUUGCCUAAUUGACUACUAUGAAUCUAAAAUUAGAAAAAUCCACACACAAAGGCAAUAUAAAAAAGAUGAAAGUCAAUCAGAAGAAGAAAAAGGUUAUAGAAAUCUGAAUGGCUCACCAACUUACAAAGGCCUUCUACUGUCAUUACAGAAUCAACUCAAGGAAUCAAACUCCAAGAUUGAUGCACUUUUAAGUGAAAAGCUGAACCUCCAAAAAGAUUUAGAAAGCAGGCCCACACAACAUGAAUUAAGACUUUAUAAGCAACAAGUGAAGAAACUGGAGAAAGUCCUCAAGAAAAACAUUAAAUUACAGGAGCUUAUCAGUCAUACAAAAACCGAGGACACAGAGAAAAAAGAUGAAUCCAGCAAAGAAAGCCAUCACCAAGCUCUAGUUGACCAGAGAUACUCUCAGGUGCUAUGUAGCAUCAAUUCAAUUAUUCACAAUCCAAGAGCUCCAGUGAUAAUUUAUAAACAGAGCAAAGAAGGAACCCAACAUUUUAACAAAGAUUUUGUUCAAGACUGUGGAUUUGAACAUCUUGUUCCUAUAAUAGAAAUGUGGGCAGAUGAACUGACAUCCUUGAAGGAUUUGUAUAAGUCCUUGAAAAUACUAUCUGCAGACCUGGUGCCUUGGCAUAAUUUUAAGAAACAGGAUGAAAAUGAAGGUGUCAGAGUUGAAAAUUUGUUGUUUAUGGUAGAUACCAUAUUGGAAGAAGUUGAAAAUAAGGAAAAGGACAGCAACAUGCCAAACUUUCAAACUUUGCAAGCUAUUGUCUCUCACUUCCAAAAAUUAUUUGAUGUGCCUUCUUUAAAUGGAGUCUAUCCCCGAAUGAAUGAAGUUUAUACUAGGCUUGGAGAAAUGAACAAUGCUGUGAGAAACCUCCAAGAACUCUUAGAAUUAGAUAGUUCAUCUUCAUUGUGUGUACUGGUAAGCACAGUUGGAAAAUUGUGUAGGCUGAUUAAUGAGGAUGUGAGUGAGCAGGUUAAGCAAGUAUUAGGACCUGAAGACCUCCAAAGCAUUAUCAACAAAUUGGAAGAACAUGAAGAAUUUUUCCCAGCAUUUCAGGCAUUUACUAAUGAUCUACUUAAAAUCUUAGGUAAGAUCUCAUUGUUGGUAAAUUUUGACUCUUAUUUGGCUUUGAAAGAAGAAUGGUCUUUAGUCAAUUGGAUUAGUGUUUUUACCUUGAAUGCUUGAUAAAAAGUGUCUGGAACCCACUAAUACUGGAAGUUGUCAAAUACACUCCUAACUUGACGUUAGAGUUGUUUAGGAUCAGUACACAGAACAGAGAAGUGAUGAGCCUUUAAGGAGAUAGGGACUGCCCAUCCCUAGCUCUGUCUUAUUCUAAUAAGAAAUCUUGGGGUAUGUUUUCUUAGCACUGGGGAUUGAACCCAAGGCCUUCGCACUGAGCUACUUUUCCAGCCCUUUUUUGUAUGUUUUGUUUUAUUUUUGGCACAGGAUCUCAUUAGGUCCUUAAGUCGCCCAGCUGGACUUAAACUUGUGAUCCUUUUGCCUCUGCCUCCCAGAGUGAUGGGAUUAUAGGGGUAUGCCACCAUGCUUGGCUAAGAAAUAUUGAUAAAAUUUAUGAUUUUGCAAGGGCUUUCCUUCUUUAUCCCCUUUUUUCUUUUAAAAAUUUCUAUUCUAUGGUGAUAAUGUAAAGUAGUAAAUAUACAUAGAAAGUGAUGAAGUAUUGCACUUAUAAGAUUAGUCACAGUGAAGACUUCCUUAGUAAUAUUAUCUCUUAAAAGGGAAAAAUAUAAUUUGCUUAGGAAUCUUAGGCAAAAGAGACUCAAAUAUAAUUACAUAUGACUACAAAAUCAAUUUAACUGUUUUCAGAGUUUAAAAUGAUUUAUUCACUAAUAUUUUUUUCUGUGUAGCUCAUUGAAAAUAUUUUUUGCUUUUAAUGAAUGACUUCUUGAUUUUAGGAGAAGAAAUGAGGCUUGGUAGUAGGAAGAUAAGGGAAUGAUUAAAUUCAAACUUGGUAAGAAGAUUAAUAAAUGAAAGAAAUAUCUGACUGGAAUAUGUAGCCUGGUGAAUGUAACAGGUUUUAUGAGUGUUUUUUUAAUAGGCUGAAAGCAAAGGAGACAGUGAAUAUCUUGUAGGCAUGCGAACAUACUAGAAAAGAUCCUAGUAAGUCAAAGUGUAACUUGAAAGUUAAGGUAUGAAAUUUGUUUAAGUGUGUUUACUAAUAUCCUGAAGAGCUUUGUUUCAUAGAAUGAUUCUACUUGCUCUAGAAUGGCCACUAAACUUAACAGUGAUGUACUAGUCACUAAUAAAUACUAUCUUGCACAUUAAUAAACAUUACAUGUUCUUGUAACUCAUUUUAGAUCCUUUUAUAGAAAGAAACUUCCUCAUAUUAUGACAUUUAAUAUGGUUCACAUAGAUCAUUUGCUUCAGAAAGUCAAGUUUGUUUGCAGAUGAAGUCUGCAUUUGGUCAGAGUUGAAAUUCUGAACUUAAAUAUUAUGUUUAACAUUGGGAAAGUUAGAUCUGUUUGACAGAGUGUCAUUAAGUGUCAUUCAAUACAGAGUGGUGUACUGAAUACCAGAUAAGGAAACUGUCUCCAAUAGAUUUUUUAAAAAAUAUUUUCUUUUUCUUAUAAAUCAGUAUGAUUGGCUGAGAAAAUUCUCCUAUCAGCCAGUGUUCUCUGUGAGGUUCAUUUAUAAGUCAAGUGUCUCAUUUAGUGAGAAAAUGAGUGUGGUUUCAGAAUGAGGUAGGGAUAGGAAGCCGGGGAAUAAUUUGAUCUUGUACCUUACCACAGUGAGCUAAAUUUUCUGUUGUAUAUGUGGGUCCAGACAAGUAUUCUGACUUGAGUCAGAAACAAAGAACUGAUGGAUAAGGGCACAGAAUGGAUCUUAUAUUUAGGCCAAAGGAAGAACAAUGAAAAUCUAGCUAAGCAAUGGAGAGAAUGUUGAGCUCCAUGGAGAAUAUUUUAUGUAAAAGAAAUGAGUUUUUGAACAAUGGCCUAGCAGAGUAAGCUAGAAAAAAAAAAGUAGUGGGUAUCCAGAGACUGGCGUUGGGUUUUACCUUUUCUUUUGAGAUAGGGUCUCAUUAAGUAGUUCAGGCUGGCCUCCAACUCACAGUGAUCCUUCUGCUUCAGCCUCCUGAGUGCUAGGAUUACAGUCAGGCGCCCCUACAUCUGGCCAGGUUUUAUCUUAGUAGGGAUAAUACUAAGUCUAGAUAAUAAUAGAAGGGAAUUUCCUUCUUCAGUAAGGAAUUUGCUUCUUCAGUGGCCAGGAGCUUUAGUGAGUGAAUUCUAAUUUAGGAUUAUUGGAAUAAGAUAUCUUUAGAAAGAAAAAUAAAAUUCAAAAGAACCUAAAUUGGUCUGUCUAAUAAGCCUGACCAGGCUAAAUGCAAUAAUACAUUAUACUUGAGGUUGAUUCUCUAAGGUCCCUGGCAUCUCUUACUAGAUAGAUCCUUUUCAUCCUAAAAGGUAGACCUGUAAGUGUUCUACUAGUGAGGAAUCUUCCUAAGACAACCAAAAAGGAGCACAGUGUUCUGAGAAGAAAUUCCUAAGUCCUCAGGUAGAGACCCAGGAAAGAGAUGCCUCUCUCUGGGAUUUCACUGGCAGCUCACCCAUGUAGUUAUACAGAUCUGAAGAAGCACAAAUACAACCAUGGCUAGUUGGAUCCGUUAAUCAAAGCAUAUUGCUAAUAAGGUUAGUGUCAGAGUAAGAGGACUUGUAGAUGGGUGGUAGCUUUUAUAAACAGAUGCCCUAUGAAGCAUCUGUCUCUGAAUCAGUGAUCUAUCUGCAUUGUCGGGGAGAAGUUUAUGUGCACAAAAGUACCUAUACCCUUAUGUUUGACAUUUACCUCUCCAUAGAGGUUCUCAUUUCCUCUGAGCUUAUCACUAGAAAAAGUGUCUCUUAUUUAUUAUUCUUGUUUUUCCAUUACAGAAAUUGAUGACUUGGAUGCCAUUGUACCUGCAGUAAAGAAAUUAAAAGUACUUUCAUACUGAAACAAAUCAAAUCAUUUUAGUAUGUAAAGUGCAUUUUUACCAUUCUAAAUAUUAUGUAGGAUUGAUCUUGAAACAAAGAGUAUAACAUAUAUUUGCUUUCAGAAUUCAUCCUCUUAGUACUGGGUGAUUCUCCUUAUAAUUUUUUAUUAACUUUGAGAUUCUUUUACAAAAAUUAGCUGCUCAGUUAAAAUAGUAAAUUAACUUUAGAUCCCUUAAUCAUUUUGUAAGCAAUUCUUGAGUGCUUAAAAUGUAGGGUAGAGUUUGUGAGUAAAAGACCCAGGGAGAGUGUAAGUAAUAGAAAAAUUGUAUUUAAGUUCAAGGUUUACUCACCUUUGGGUCAGGGCAAAAGGAAUGUCAAGUCCAGUCAGUCGUAAGCUACUGCUUUCCUGGCAAGGAUUAAUUGGCAUAUUCCAUUAAGAUAUCCCUCAUGGCAGUUAUCUUUUCAGAAGGAGAAAGAAAAAAAGAAAAAAAAGUUUUAUCUGUUAGGAUAGGAAGUGAAUCAUGGGAUAAAAUAGAUGAGUAGAUAGAAGUCCCUCUUUUUUAAAAAAAUGUCUCUUUUGCAAUCUUGAUGUAAUGUGCUUUUUAUAAGGGGAUAUGAUCUCAAAUAAAAUUUUUGUAAAACAAUUUCCAAA